AUGGCUGCAAGCUUCGGGGCAACUACACUGGCCGAAGUACACCAUGAAGGAUUAGACCAGCUGUUGCAUGAAUUGGCCAAUGUCUAUCCUACCAGUGCUGAUAGGCAGCUGGAGCCGCUGGGCGUUCCUGUCCUCGACGCAUUGCUGAAAAUCUUCAUGAUGAGAAUGUGGGACUCUUCAAAUAGCUCUGGGUAUCUACAAUCCGCAAAUACAAUGUUACAACAAGAGCAAAUAUUAACAGAGGAUGAAGAAAUGCUUCUGCAAGGGGACAACUCGGAUUGGGACAAUAUGGUAACCGAGGCGCCGGCACAAAUGGUCGAUUCCGAGCCUUCUAACAUUUUCUUUUCGGGUGCUGCUGCCAGGAGCAAGCUGCUUAGUCCGGUCAUCGAGAUAUCGAGUAGUCUAUCAGGAGCUGGUAAAUCCCAGCUCCUAUACUAUCUGACAGCAAGGGCCAUCUUACCGCAAUACUAUGGCAACGUCCAUGUGAGCGGACGGGAGUCUGCCGUGGUUUGGAUCGAUACAGAUGAUCGAUUCAAUGCCGAUAGGCUCCGAUCUGUGGCUCAUGGAAUCCUCAAACCAGACCGCGAAUCAUCGGAUGAUGACAAUACAGAGCCAUCAGAUGUGGACUCUACAGAGCUAUCUGAGGAGGACAUUGGGAUGAUCUUGGCUUCUUCGCUGCAACAUGUCCAUGUCUUUCGCCCACAGUCCUCUUCGGCGCUCCUCGCUACACUAUACGGACUUGACUCCUACCUUUAUGAUCUUAAACGACAUUUUUCUGCCUCGAGACCUCUGCACAUGAUUGCUAUAGACAGUGCUACGGCGUUUCUCUGGCAAGACAAGCUGCGUGACGAGGUUGCCCGGACUGAAGACAUCGGGCGCCCUCGCGCGGAAGUUGACGAGGAGCGCGAACGAAAGCAGAGCUUCUAUUUCUCUGAUAUCUACGCGGAACUAGUCAAUGAGUUGAAGCGACUACAAAGUCUGUUCGGAUGCAGUGUCGUAUAUACGACAACUGUUUCUGGGGGCCGCCCAUCCGCUAUGGACACCGGUGCUUCCGGUCCCCUCGAUUCGUAUGACCGGGGUCCAUCUCAGAAACCGUCUUUGCGGCCCGCCCUCCCGGCACCCUGGGGGGCUUUUCCUGUUCUUCGGAUAGUCGUGCAUCGGGAUACUGUGCGGCCAUUUCCACCCGCGAUAAGCGCUCACGAUUCGAGGAAAGAUGCUCCGUCCCGACAGAAAAUUGUUCGCCAGGGUAAGUUCUCGGCUUGGGUCAACUCAUGGGGACGUGAAGAAUGGCCUCGGCGGGUAGUGGACGGUAUCAAUGCUCAUAAUGGCGGGUGUUUCUCUUUCUAUGUGCGAGAAACCGGGGUUCAAAUACCGUAUCUAGGUGGCCAAUGA